AUGGCAACUGUGCGGAAGGGGGCGAGUUUCUUCAAGAAGGCCAAAGACGCAGCAAUCCCACCCAACCAGGAGGAAGACGUCAAGAAGGAUGUUAGCGCCAAGAUCGCCCCUACAUCUUCAUCUUCCAAUCUGAGCGAGAUGCACUCUUCCGAUUCAGAUUCGAAAAGCCAAUCAACGGAGAACGUUUGGUGGAGCGAGGUGACCUCGGGGUGGCAGUCCGUCAAGUGGAACUGGGACACCGCACGAUUGACGAUUCCGCUGUGGGCGGUGGCACCGAUCGUUGCCUUCCUCGUGUUCUCCAACGGCCUUCACGGCGGGUUGGUCUUCGACGACAGCGAGGUCGUGGGCAGGAAUCCCGACGUGCGUGGCACGCGCGACUACAUAGACCUCUGGUGGAACGACUACUGGGGCAACCUCAUCAACGAGGAGGGUGUAUGGAGCUGCAAGUCGUAUCGACCCGUAACGGUGACUACUCUGAGGUGGAACUUCAUGCUGCACGGGCAGGAGACCUUCGGCUACCACCUGGUCAACGUGCUGCUCCACAGCGUCUGCACGCUGCUCCUCUACUUCGCCGGGCUCGAGGUCUUCCGCGGGGAUCGCGGCAUGAGCGCGCUCGCCGCCCUCCUGUUCGCCACCCACCCGAUCCACACCGACGCCAUUGACUCCAUCGUCGGCCGGGCCGAGGGCCUCUACGGCCUGUUCUACCUCAUGGCAUUCCUGGCCUACGUCCGGUGUGCCUCGCCCCGCGGCACGUCGUGGGGCUGGUACUGCGGCUACGUGGUCUGCUUCAUCCUCUCGGUGCUCUCCAAGGAGAUGGGCCUCAUGGUGCUGGCCAACUGCUGGGCCUGGGACCUCCUCUACAACUUUGACUGCUGGUCGCUGGCCGUCUCGUUCCUGCCGGCCAAGUUCAACGUCGCGGGCGUGAAGCGCGAGGGCCUCGUGGCCACCUUCAACCGGUUCCGGCCGCUUGUUUGGCGCACGCUGGCGACGACCGUGGUGGGCGUCGCGUUCAUGGUCCACCGCAAGUGGUGGGUGGGCAGCUUCGCAGACCUCAAGAUGCAGAUCCAGCACAACCCGAUCGCCUUUGCCGAGGGCCAGGAGAAGUGGCUCACCAUCUUCUACCUCCACUUCCAGUACAUGUGGAUCCAGCUGUGGCCGGCCCAGCUGUCGUGCGACUACUCGAUGGCCUGCAUCCCCAUGCGCUGGCACGCUGUCCUGCUGGUGUCCCUCUCGUGGUACAUCGUGCCCUUUAUCCCGGCCAGCCAGGUGCUCUUCCAGCCGGGCACCGUCAUCGCCGAGCGGGUGCUCUACAUCCCCUCGAUCGGCAUCUGCCUGAUCACCAGCUGGCUUCUGUUCACUGCCUGGCGGCGCGGCUACAUCACCAAGGAGGUCUUCCUCGCCGUGUGCCUCAUCGUCCUCUUGGCCUACUCGGCCCGCACCCUGGCGCGCAACCCGGACUGGAACUCGCAGCUCUCGCUCUUCAAGUCGGCCUCCGAGGUGUGCUACGGCAGCGGCAAGGCCCACUACAACUACGCCGCUGAGCUUGAGAUGGGUCACCUCGAGGCCGAGGCUGAGAAGGAGUACCUGCUGUCGGCCGCGGUGUCGGACUCGUACACAUCGGCCCGAGGGCGGCUGGGCAAGAUCUGGCUCAAGCGGGGCAACCUCACCAAGUCGCUCGAGUUCUACGCCAACAUCGUCAACCACCACCCCAAGCUCUACCACGAGUUCGCGUGGCACGACACGGCCUACAUCCUCUGGCAGCUGGGCGACAUCGACAAGGCCAUCACCUUCUACCACUUUGCCAUGUCCAUCACCCCCAAGGGCGACCAGAUGGAGGGCGACGCCGAGACGAACCUGGGCUGCCUCUACCUCUCGAUUGGCAAUGUUACGCAGGCCAUGCCUUACCUGGAGAAGGCGGCGAAACUGAAGCCGGACGAUGACUCGGUGCUCAACAACCUGGCGGUGGGGUACUACCUGCAGAAGCGCACCGACGAGGCCCUGGCCCUCUUCACCAAGGCCGCGAGUCGUCCCACCGUGCGCUCGCUGGUGCCCACCGACAACGUGCGGCGCAUGAGCCUCGCCGCCAAGGACCCCAACUACAACCCGGUCAUCACCUUCUCCGCCCUCAUCCGGCCCUAA